CACGCUGUUCUCUUGCCUUAAAUGACCGGUAGCAAUUCAUGAAGUCCGAGAACGCCACUAUUAUCCUGAUUUCGUCACAUCCGUCACCAGAAUAAUUUUUCUGGUUCGCGGCAAGGUUUCCCGAAGGUUUUCCCCUAUUCCCCCCGAAGGUAUUCAUGAUCAAUAUUUUAGAUCAAAACGUUCGAAAAGUAUGGGAGGACUCCACUUGCAUCGACUUCGUAGAAGACAAAAAUGGUUGGUUGUGAACAGAGCAAAUAGAUAUACCGCUUCUUCGAACGAAAUAUUUGCAGCUACGGACAAGGUGAUCGUUGUCGAAGAAAAUCAGUGCUGGGCAGACCUUGGACGGAUGGGCGGCGAGCAGUUUCUCUCCCUUACUUGGAAUGCGACGGUACAGCACUAUUUAAAUAGCACCUCAGAACAUAUCUUGUCAGUAGGGUCGGCUGUGCAUGAAAUUGGUCAUGUUCUUGGAUUCUUCCACACAAUGUGUCGUUAUGAUCGAGACAGAUACAUUAAACUCGUUACGCAAAAUAUUAACCUGCGUGUUAUCCGUAAUUUUCAAAAAAUCAGCCCCAACUACAGCGACGUUUAUGGACUGGGAUACGACUACGGCAGCAUCAUGCAUUACGAUGACCGAUGUGAUUCAGUUAACGGAGGGCCCACUAUAAUUGCAACAGAUACGAAUUAUCAAAAGACAAUGGGAUCUGACUUGAUUUCGUUCUCGGAUAUCUUCGUCAUCAACGAGCACUAUGGAUGCAACGCUAUAUGUAACAAAUCCACUUCCGCCAAAUGUGCAAAUGAAGGAUUUCCUCACCCUAGAAACUGCUCUAUUUGUAUCUGUCCAAGUGGAUACGGUGGGCCCUUGUGUGAUAAACGGCCACCAGGAUGUGGAGAAGAUCUUAUGGCGACAAAUAAGAAAAAAAUGGUGAAUGGCAGUGUAGGAUUUGGAUCCGAUCUCAGAGAUCAUUUCGAUUUCUGCAACUACAUGAUAUCGUUCUCCAUUCAGGCACCUAAAGGAAAAAAGAUUGUGGUGGACCUCGAGUGGGUUUCCUAUGGUUACGACAGACCAGGUUGUAUAAGAGGAGGAGUCGAGAUUAAAGCUCAAAAGGAUCAGAAGCUAACAGGUCCUAUUGUAUCGAGUGUCAAUCCCCUACCUCUGAUCCUAUUUAACAGGCAAGGCACGAUGCAGACAAGAGUCACUUACCGUUACAUUGAUUAA